AUCAUGGCGGACAACAUAACUGAUGCUGAGCUGCGGAAAGAAUUGCAAGAACUCGGUAUGAAAAAUGUUGGCCCUAUAACAGCUUCGACACGCAGCAUUUAUCUGAAGAAACUCAAUCACCUACGGGCAGCAGAAAGAAAGAAAAACGUUUCUGUAAAGGGAAGAAAAACGACCAAAAGCCAGCUUUCCACUUUCAGUUCUGACGAGGAAGAAGAAAAGGCCAGCGAGCCGCCUGCCUUGUCCAGAACUAAACGACCGACAAGACAGGCGCAGGGUAGAAAUACGAGGACACAAAACGCAAGGCCUACUCCGGACCCACCCCAGAGACAAGAGCAGCUGUCGUAUAGUCGUCCACCUCUGAGGAGCACCAGGCGUGCUGCAGACGAGGUCGAGGGUGUUUCAAGGGGAACCAGCAGUGUUGGUAAUAAGAGAACUUCACUGGGACGGACGCUCAAUGCAACUUACAGUUUUAAUGACAGUAAUAAGGAUGACUUUAAUUCCUCAGACUCUGACGAUGUAGACAUAUAUAAAGAGGAAGAUGAAAGCACUCAUGAAAUAGGAACAAACACGUCACCCGCAUUGGACUCAAGCGGUUGGAACAGCUCUUUCUCUCGGCCUUCCUCUUCAGUGGCUGGUUUUAGUGGUGGAACACCACGAACAAGCACCCCUGAGAAGCGCACAGAUGUUAGUAACCGCAGCAGCAGCAGUGCUCCGAGGCCAUUAACAAAUAAUAAUAUUAGAAACAGAUACUCAGCUAGAUACUCAUUUGGGGGACAGAGAAAUGCAGCCGCGGGAAGACAGCCGUGGAAAACGGGGUAUCAAAGUUUGACAAAUCUUUCACAGGAUGAGACUCUCUCCGAUGAGGAGGACAUAUUGCAGCAGGGGUUCAAAACCAGGGAUGAUGUGCCAGGGUACGGCAGAUUUACAGCACACGUGUCUUAUGUCCUGGUAGUUCUUGUUGGGAUCUUCUUCAUUUCUCUUGGUUUUAUGUACUGGUGGGGAAUGACAGCACCUGGAGACAAGGCAAAAAACAGUGAUAAGCUAAUGAUAUGCGAUGGAAGUGACAAAUCAGCAGUACCACCAUGUUACUUACCACAGGAGGUUGAUAAGGCACUGGAAGCCAUACAUUUGUUAAUGGAAGAAUUGAAUGAUGCAGCAGUGGCUGAACUUUGUGGUUAUAAGACAAAGUACACUGGAGGAGGACUGGAUAAAGGUCAAGUGGAAGAAGUAUUAAAAAAUAAAUAUCAGGAUGCUGAAAAGCAAAUGUCAGUGGUAGUGGAUUUGGUCAGAAAGAAUCCCCACUGGGGUAUAAGCAUUGCUAAUAGCGACAAGAAAACCCCUGCCGUCAGUGUCUAUGGGGCUGUCUGGUUCACAGUGGACAGUCCGCACAUGCCAGUUUGGUGUCGUGUGAAACGUGCUGUCAUGCAAGUGUUCUAUCAACUCCUCUUCGUGGCUGCAGGAUUGCUGGUGUGUGGGGUUGUAGUGCUGGUGUUGAGAUACAGACGCAGACAUCAGGACGAGGAGACCAAGGAGGUGUACCACCUGGUGGAGAGAAUUAUAGAUAUUAUGAAGAGGCAUAAUGAUGAGUGCCAAGUUAAUAAGUCACUGGAGCCUUAUCUUGCCAUUCCACAUGUUAGAGACAUGCUGAUCCCUCUUCAGCUCAGGAGGAAGAAGCAAGGGGUGUGGGAUAAAUCAGUGAAAUUUCUGGCAGCAAACGAAUCUCGUAUCCGGGAGGAAACGCAGCAUGUGAAAGGAGAAGAGUUUGCUGUGUGGCGGUGGAUAGGGGGCUUUCCCAGUAAUGGUAAAAACAAGGUGUGGCAGGGACAAGCAUUUGGUGAGAAUUGUGAUGUGGGAUACAACCUCUUGCCGUAUAGUCCUACUAAUUGCCUGAAGAUCAGGAACAUGUUUGACGCGGAUGUAGAGUGUGGUCAAGACUGGCACAUCUAUGUCCAAGAUGCUAUUUUAGAGAAGUGUAAAGAGAAUAAAGGAAUUCUUCACCUGGCUGUGGACAAGACUUCCAAAGAGGGUUGUGUGUAUAUGAAGUGUACGACCCCAGAUGCAGCAGGGGAAGCUUACAGAGCUUUACAUGGCUGGUGGUUUGAUGGUGAGUGA